GACUCCUGCGAGAGGUCGCUGCUGAUAUAACAACUUCGAUUGUUUGGCCCUCGCUACGGAGAGAUCUAUCUGUUCAUUGCCAUCGGUGAAAAGCUACAGACAUGGCCGCCAACGGAAAAUUAGCUCUAGUCAGCGUAUCGGACAAAACCGGCUUGGUGCCGUUUGCAAAAUAUCUAUCGGAUAUCGGGCUGACUUUGAUCGGCAGCGGAGGCACGGCGACGACGCUGCGGAACGCUGGGCUCAAAGUGCUCGAUGUCUCGGACAUUACUGGGGCCCCAGAAAUGCUCGGGGGUCGCGUGAAGACCUUGCAUCCUGCUGUACAUGCGGGAAUCUUAUCCAGACUUACCGAAUCCGACCAGGCGGACAUGAAGCGUCAAAAGUUCGAUAUGAUAAGCGUAGUCGUCUGCAACCUUUACCCAUUUGUACAAACUGUAUCAAAGCCUGAAGUUACCAUCGCCGACGCGGUCGAGAACAUUGACAUUGGCGGCGUUACACUCCUCCGCGCAGCUGCCAAAAAUCACGAUAGAGUCACCGUUGUAUGUGAUCCUAAUGAUUAUGACAAGGUCAUCAAAGAGUUGAAGAGUACAAACAACCAUCAAACUACUUUGGAAACUAGACAACAGCUUGCUUUAAAAGCUUUUACGCACACUUCGGAAUAUGAUCUGGCUAUUUCUGAUUAUUUCCGCAAACAAUAUUCCGCUGGACAGGCUCAGCUAACACUUAGAUACGGAAUGAACCCGCACCAAAAGCCAGCGCAAGUAUUCACAACCCUAGACAGACUACCAUUGACGACACUAAACGGAUCUCCGGGUUUCAUAAACCUGUGCGACGCGUUAAAUGCGUGGCAAUUGGUGAAGGAGCUUAAAGAGGCUUUGGCUCUCCCCGCUGCUACCAGCUUCAAGCAUGUUUCACCCGCCGGAGCUGCUAUUGGUGUACCUUUGUCUAAGGAGGAGGCCGCAGUAUGCAUGGUAGAAGACCUACUCCCGCAGCUAACACCCUUGGCCUGCGCAUACGCAAGAGCUCGCGGCGCUGACCGCAUGAGUUCUUUCGGCGACUUCGUCGCGUUAUCCGACGUCUGCGACGAGGUCACGGCCAGGAUCAUCUCUAGAGAGGUUUCAGACGGUAUCAUCGCUCCCGGUUAUACUUCUGAGGCCCUCACUAUAUUGAAGAAGAAGAAGGGAGGCAACUAUUGUGUGCUACAGAUGGACCCUACGUAUGAGCCGUCAGAGCUCGAACAAAAGACAAUCUUCGGUCUGACUCUGGAACAAAAGCGGAACGAUGCCAAGAUCACCCCUGAACUGUUCAACAACAUCGUGACAAACAAAAAGGACCUACCGCAAAACGCCCUCAGGGACCUCACUGUGGCUACCAUUGCCCUUAAAUAUACGCAAAGCAACUCCGUUUGCUAUGCGAGAGACGGACAGGUGAUCGGCAUAGGCGCGGGGCAGCAGUCGCGCAUCCACUGCACGCGCCUGGCGGGCGGCAAGGCGACACUGUGGUGGCUGCGCUGGCACCCUCGCGCCACUACCAUGCGUUUCAAGUCGCAAGUUUCCCGCGCCGUUCGCUCCAACGCCAUCGACAACUACGUCAGCGGUACUAUCGGUACGGACAUGCCGCUGGAGCAAUGGAAUGAGCUGUUCGAAGGCGCGCCGCCUUCUUUGCUAACGGAACAAGAACGCGCUGACUGGCUGCGUAGGUUGGACAAAGUCGCUCUUGCUUCGGACGCUUUCUUCCCCUUCAGAGACAAUGUCGAUAGAGCCGUACAGUGUGGAGUGCAAUACAUAGGCAGUCCAUCUGGAUCCAACAACGACCAAGAAGUGAUCCAGGCCUGCAAUGAGCACAAGAUUGUUUUGGCCCACACCAAUCUUAGGCUUUUCCAUCACUAACUCCUUAUAUAAAUUGUGUACUAGCUAACAAGUUAUAUUUUUACCUUAGUCAUAUUACAGAAUUUUAAAGAACUGUUUAUUUUUAACGCACAAACAUUGAUGAUUUCUUAAAUUUAGGUACUAGAGCCACCUAUUCAGGAUCUUAUUGUCAUAAUUAUGAUUAAUAAUAAUUAUAUAUCAUUAACAUUUUUAUAUAUACUCUGGUAGAUUAAGCUAAGAUUUAUUAUUGUGAUAUGAAACAUUCCAAUAUUAAAGUGCCAAGUACACUUUUUUAUACUUGGCACUUUGCACUAGAUGGAGAAAAUAUGUAAUGUUUCUUUCUCAUGUCUUCCAAAAUUGCUAUGAAUCAUGUUUGUUGUUUAUUAAAAUUGAAUCUCUUUAUUUUGUGAGAAAACAAGAAUCCCAUGUGCCUUAUUGUUAAUCAAUUUAUGUCAAUUAUUUUUGUAUUCGUAUUGCCUU